UCAGUUUUACACUAUGCCAAACCGACAUGUAGAAGAAGUUUUGGAAGAGCAGACCAGACAGCUUAGUAUAGCUAGCAGAAACUGCAUGAAUCAAUAUGGAAACAGUGUUGGGGAUAAGUCGCAGAAUCCGUACUACAAUACAACAACAAAAACGUUUAUGUGCCCUCCUUUCUGGGAUACUAUACUUUGUUGGCCACCCACACCGCCCGGGGACAUCGCAGUUCUGCCUUGUCCUUCCUACAUCGCGGGAUUCAAAACGACGUACAACGCAACAAGAUAUUGUACAGAAAACAGUACUUGGUUCGUAAGCGAAAAAACAAAUAUCCCAUGGGCAGACUAUACCUCAUGCAGUGAAGGUGUUAUUACCACGAUUUUCGUCCCUGCACAUAAAACUGACAUAUCUCCUAAAUCAGAGGUGAUAUUACCAGUAAUUAAGGUCAUAUCGCAAACAGGAUAUGCAGUUUCUCUACUAUCUCUAAUAAUAGCAUUUUUAAUAAUGUUGUUAAUUAAGAAACUGCAUUGUGCUAGAAAUAUACUACACAUGAACCUCUUCGCUUCGUUCAUACUGCGAGCAUUUUUUUAUAUACUGAAAGACGUACUUUUCGUGGAUGGGAUAGGCCUCUGGUACGACUUAAGUGAGAAAAAUGGAGAACUGUACUUCAACAUAGACACUGUGACCAACAACUACGAAUGUAAAUUGUUGACAAGUUUAGUCCAGUACUUUACGACAGCCAACUAUGCUUGGAUUCUGAUUGAAGGGGUAUAUCUGAAUAACUUGAUAUUUAGAGCACUACUCAGUGACUCCAGUAAGAACUUGGUCCAUUACAUUUGUUUAGGAUGGGGCCUACCACUAAUAGUUGUAAUACCAUGGAUAGUAGCUAGAGUUAUUUUAGACGAUACUAUGUGUUGGACAACAAAUGACAACUUAGUAGCAUUUAUGAUAAUAACUAUACCUACUGUUAUAUCCGUUCUGAUUAACUUGGUACUGUUUGUAAUAAUAUCGAUUGUACUUUACUCAAAGCUACGGUCACCAAUCAAUGAAGAUACUAAGAGGUACCAAAAGUGGGCAAAAUCAACGUUAGUACUAGUACCAUUGUUUGGUGUUUUGUAUGGAAUUCUACUAAUUUUCUACUUUGCUGGGUUGGAAGAAGUGUGGCUUGUUUGUGAUACCUUGUUUGGAAGCUUUCAGGGAUUUUUCGUGGCAAUCCUAUAUUGUUUCUUGAACGGAGAAGUGAAAACGGAAGCAAAGCCUUAUCUCUACUCCGGACUAUCAUAUUUGGCAAUGCAUAGGAUAUUUCGAUUUUGCUUUCCGUGCAGAGAACGAUACUUAAGAUCAGCUGUAGGGAGACAGUCAGUUUGCACAACUAUGUCAUGUAGUUCAUUGUAUGCUAAUGGUAUUGCACACAGAAAUAGCAAGUCAAAAUGGGAUACGUACCAAAGAGGAAAACAAAAUAGUAUUGAUCUACCCAGGGAUCAUUUUUGUAAUGCUAAACCGAUGAUAACAGUUACAAAGAAACAGCUACAGGUUCUGAGCAGCAACAAUAAAAAGUAUAAGCCAAAUUGUGGAGGGAUUGCAAAAACACACGCAGAAACAGCGCUUUACAGCAAUAAGAACAUUGACAAAGAUGACAUAAUUAUCGACGAGGAAAUCUGCAUGCUUCACUAAAGCGAUUAUCGUUGAUCUCAUGAACUUUCCGCAAUGUCUUUGUAACCAUAAAUCUAGAAAAGGUUUUCAAAAGUAGUUCAGAAGUUAGUAGACAGAAAAGGAACACUUGCACGAGCACACACAUUAGGGACAGGAAGAUUUUUUCUUUCCUUCUCCUCUCUUCCCUUCCUAGCAAUGAUCGUACACGAUUAAUGCCAUAUUUUUAUUUUGGCCUAUGUACCAAAGAAGUUAAGAAUAGUCUUAGGUAUUGAAGUAUCUCUGUAUACCGUACUAUACUAGAGAAUCGUCAGUGAUCUUUAUCUUCUGAAUUUCCUAGAUUUGUGGUAAAAGGCAAUGCUCUAAAAAAAACUUGAUGUGAUAUUGAUACUUUUAAGAUCACCUUUAGCUUUAAGGUAUUUACACUUGAAAAUAUUUUUAUUGAUCAAGUCGCACCGAUUCUAUACAACACCUUAUGUAACGAGAAAGGAAAUGGAUGUGAUGAAAUAUGUAAUGUUUGAAAAAAUCAUUCUCAGACAAGUUUGCAGGUUUUGAUCUGUUGAAAGACCUGGGUACAGUAGUGUGGAUUUUUUAAUAUUUUUAGUAUUGUAAAUAAGACUUUUACAAACUCAAAGAAAAGUUAUAAUUGAGAUAAGUGAUAAUUCAGUUCUAUGGAUAAAUGUAUCUGGUAUAUUUUUAUACUGUUAUUAAAGACUGUGUAGCAUAGGAUUGUUUCAAAGAUGAUGGAGAACGAAAUUUUACAAGUGAAUUGGAAAAUAAGAUUUGAAAUUCUUAAGGUGUAAAUGAAAUUCGUAGUCCAUGAAUGAAUAAAAUUUAAAUAAUAUAUUUUCUAUAGAAUGCAUGCAGUGUUGACCAAACCCUUUGUGAAUUUUUGUAAAUUGCUUCCAAUGUGAGUUAAAUAAGUAUGGAUGCGGCACAUAAUCUCGAAAACCAUGAAAAAAAGUUUUACCCAGGCAUGGGUGUAAGAUUUGUUCCUGGCUAUCUGACGGUGUCGUUGAACUUGACCUUGACCUUGACUCUCAAGGUCAUUUCAAGGUAAAGCCUUAUAUUUUUGACACAGGACCUGGCUAGAGCGAAAAAUUUGGCAUUCAGAUGAGUCAUUGUCAUUUCAAGAAAAUCGACGUUAUCAAUAUCAAACCUUGACUUGAAUGUCUAACAAGGUCAAAUUCGGGAGCACCGUCAGAAAGCCAGGGAGAAAUCCCACACCUACACCGGGGUAGCCUUUCUCACACUCAUGGUCUUCGAGAUUAUUUAACAUCCUGUAUAAACCGAUUAUUCAAAUAUACGUAUUGACGUGAUAUCUGGAAAAAUUAAUUCGUUUUAAAAAUGUUACAUGGACAACUGACAAAGAACUUACUCCUAAGAUGUUUUUUUUCAACUUUCAUGAACGG